GUAAAAGAAGAUUCCUGGUUUAUUGUUUCAUCUGCUUUUGGUAUUCAAGAAUUGACUCUGUUUCUUGUGUUCAGCUGGUAUGCUGAGUAGAUGCUGGAAGGGUGAGACUCAUGAAUUUUGAUCUUAAAUUUUGAUACAGGCACCAUUUGAGAUUUGCUGAAGAAUGAGCUCUUUAGGACUUGCUGCCUGUGGGCCCCAUAAGCAAGUCAUAAAUAUUUCUUCUUCAUGCUGCCUACCUGCUUCACGGCCAUGCUUCUCACCAAUCUAUGCUAUUCGAACUACUCGGAGUUGCCCAAGACUUGCUUUUAAUGCAUCCAGCUAUCGGAGAUCUAUGCCAGUUUGCUUGUUUGGUGGCAAAGAAAAUCCAGGGAAAGACAAUGAGGGUUCUCCAUGGAAAGCACUUGAGAAAGCUUGGGGUGGUUUAACAAAGAGACAGUCAAUGGAAGAUGUAUUGAAGGAGCAGAUCCGUAAAAGAGAAUUUGCUGAUGAGGGAGGUGGUGCAGGAAUUCCUCCAGGAGGUGGCAAUGAUGGUUUUGGUGGUUCAGAGGAUGAAAACUCUGAUGGUGUCUUGGAUGAAUUUAUUCAAGUAACUUUGGCUACCAUUGGUCUCAUCUUUCUGUACAUUUACAUCAUUGAUGGGGAGGAAUUGAUUCGGCUGGUAGGUGACUUCAUCAAGUAUGGCUUUUCAGGGAAGCAAAGUAAUCGUUUGAAGCAAACCAUGUACAUGUGGAGAAGAUUUUAUGAGAAGUUGACAAAGAAGGAUGAGGAGGUAGAUAGGUAUUGGUUGGAACGUGAAAUCCUCAAUACACCAACAUACUGGUAUGACCCCGGAGAGUUUAAGAACUACCUCAGGUCUCGUCUUGCAUCAUUAUCAUCGUCAUCGUCAUCGUCAUCGUCAUCAUCAUCAUCAUCAUCAUCAUCCUCCUCAUCUUAUUAUCAAUAGACCCUAGAUUUUGUUUAUUACUUGCUUUUUUCCUGUCAACCAUUUCAUUUAAACCAGGAAUUAUUCUGGCAGAAAUCUGAGUGCAUAGCUUCUAGAAUACCUAGUAAAUUUUGUAAUAGAGGGUCCAUGUUCCUACUUUGCGAAGAUGAACUUGGUCUACUGGUAAUGAAUUGCUAAAUUUUGUAUUUUGGAUAUUCUUGUAAGGCUUAGAUGGUCUUGUUAGUUUCUUGUUGACAAUCAAACCUGCAAGACUUACGAAGCACCCGCCAAUUGAUGGUGUCCUCUUGAUUGCAUGCGCUUUUGAUAAAUUUUUGGAUUUUUAUUUCUUGAUUAUAUAUGAUGGAAAUGGACCCUCUUUUCACUCUCAAA